AUGAAAAAACUGGUAGAAUUAUUCCAGUUGCUGCUAUUGAUUCAAGCUAUUUGCGUACCUGUCUUGCGAAGUCAUACAGAUGAAGAUGAAGAAGAAACUGAUGUAUGUCCGUUUCCUUGGCAAACUUUUGAUCAAAAUAUAUUGCCGUCGUUAAGCUCCUGUGUUGAUUCCACCGAUGAAGGGGUUCGGUGUUCGCCACAUGAUCCAGUUGAAUGCUCUGGUCGAAAUCCGGUAUGCGUACUCAGCAAACGAUCGAAGACAUAUAGAUGUUGCAGUGACUAUCCACAAGAUAUGGUUAACCCACCAGGAGCCCCUGAACAAGUCAAACCAAUCUGUCCAUGGGGUGCAACGUCGUAUGAUUCGCCAUCAGUCUUGCUAUGUGAUCCAGCUGAAAGAAAUCCGUGUCCAGAAGGUUACUCUUGCGAGGAAGCCAGCAAUGCACAAAUGCUUGCCACAUAUAAUAUGCAUUUGUGUUGCAAAACGACAACAUUAAACUCAUUCGAGAAUGUUUUCUACGAAACGAAAGUUGGUAUCAACAAGCUGUCUGCAAACUUUUCUAUGCCAGUUUUCUAUGUUACGUCGCUGUCACCAUCAAUAAUACCGAUUGCACCAUCUGCAGCAAUUUCUUAUGUAGUUCUAAAUGAAUAUACGCCAUCAAGAGGUAACUUACCUGAAGUACGAACUGGAGAUCAUUUAGCCAAACUUCCGUACAACUUUCGAGAGCCAGUCUACUUAAAAAAAGUUGUAUUGCUCAACGAUCAGUUUCCAGGCUAUUUCCACCAUGUUUUAGUUCUGUUUAAUCCACACGGUAAUCCAGAAGCGAUGAAUUUAUAUUAUAAUCGGCCAUCAACGUUAAGCCGUGAAGUGGAUCUUACUGUUCCUGCUUGGGACGAGGGUGCAUUUUUCCGGACUACAAAUCGUAUAUUGACAAUUGCUAGCGAUAAAACUUCUACACGGCAAAACUGUACGGAAGGUUGGCAAACCACAGAACUCAGUUAUGUGCCAACAAUAUCGUUAUGCAGCGAAUAUGUUGGCGCUGGUGGUGUUCCGUGUUCACCGAAUGCACCAAAUGUUUGUACCGGUAGGAAUCCAUUUUGUGCAGCUGAAGACGGCGGUAAUGGUUUCAAAUGCUGCUCCGACAUUGUGCAGGACACACCAGAGCUUGAAAAACUACGAUCAGAUGAAAUUAAACCAAUUUGUCCAAAUGGAGCAAUUCCGUAUAAAAUUCCACAAGUGAUGUUAUGCGAUCCAUCAAUUGUCAAUAUUUGCCCAUACGAUUACACAUGCGUAGAAGCAGCUAAUGGCCAUCUGCUUCCUGAAGAUGCCAGAUCACUGUGCUGUAAAACCACAACACUUUACUCGUUUGGAAAAGUGUUUCUGGAAAUUGGCCUUUCGCCGCGAAUUGUGCCUUCACCACCAAUUUCUGCUAUUGACUAUGUAACACUGAAUGUUUACACCACCGAUAUGAACAAUGCUCCAGAAAUUCGGACUGGUGAUCACUUUGUAUUAGCACCAUACAAACUGAUGGAACCAGCGUAUCUGAAAAGAGUUACGCUAUUCCAUGAGCAAACUAAAUCCAGCUAUCUUCAUGUCAUCUUGUUUGAUCCACAAAGUGAUACCGAGAAUAUGCAGUUGUACUAUGAUCGUAGCGCACCAAAAGGAAGGAUUCUGGAUUUGGAAAAACCGAUUCCUGAUGGUGGAUUUCUAAGCAAACUUGUUGCCAAUCAACCAUCAGUUACAAAUCCGCAUCAAGUUAAGAGUAACUAAUCAAAAUGCCCCUUAUUACAAUUUUUCUUCAAACAAAUAAUUUUCUUUACAACUGUAUAUACCAUCCAAAUAAAAAGCAACAAAUUUGCUGUCAACAAGCAUUUAGAUCGAAAACUUUGGGUCGUAUUGGUAUUUAAGACGGUUGAACCAUUAACCAGGCUAUACGUUGGUGUAACUGUUGACCUAAACUCCAAGUACAGAAAUGUACCAGAAUUUUUGAGGAGCAAUACAGGACGACGACUUGGAACACCAAUUGCCGGAACCUACUUUUAUGUAACUAUCUUUCGCUCUAUUAUUUUUUUUCCUCAAAACCUUUAG